AUGCUUAUAAAUGUUACUAUUGAUGGUGAUCUGGAUUCUAACAAAACCUUAAGAAAUGUUGCGGAAAAAGAUAUUCGUAAUGUACAGACAGAAGGUCUUUUUCAACAUCUUUGUGAUAAUCAUGAAUUGUGUUGGCCGAAAGUCUGUUGGAUAAAGAAUAAUCCUGAGCUGCAACUUUUAGAGCCUACUCUCAAAUUCUAUACUCCUUAUCAACGUGAAAAAUUCAAAUCCAUGUUAGAGACAAUCUUUCAUCUUUCUAUCAACCAAGGAAUUUGUGAAAUGAUGAAUGUGACUCGUUUGGCAUGCAAUGUUGUUUUGUCUGAUCAGGAUCUUGUCAAUAUAAGUAAGAUUGAAUUGGAACGGAAUCAGCAACGUUUACAUAAUUCUCAGGAACUUAUACCUUACGGCAAAAAAGCUCAAUGCAAUAUUGAUGCAAAUCAAUUCUAUCCUUCUUUUGCUUUACAAAUACCAGAUUUUGAUGAAACAACAAAAUGUGUUACUUGUCACGCAUUUCCAAAAUAUACAGCAAAAGGAGGUAGUAAAAGUUUGUGUUAUACUAUAGCAGCUAUUCUUUCACAAGGAAUUACCAUAGUAUUUUCUCCUCUAAAAGCACUUAUAGAUGAUCAAGUAAUGGAGUCAAUCAAAGCAGAAAUUCCUUGUAGUGGUCUUUAUGCAUCAACAGAACAACCAUUGUGGUAUCAAAAAAAAGUUUUUGAAGAAAUUGCUUGUGGGUUAACAAAAAUUAUAUUUACAACUCCUGAGAAGUUUCAAAUGAAUGCAGGCUUCAGAUCAAUGUUACAAAAGUAUGAUACAACAAAUGGUAUCAGAUUUGUAAAAAUUACCACAAGACUUGGAAUAGACUAUCAACAAGCUUCUCUUAUUUGUAACAUAGCUUUUGAGGAUAAUCAAAUUAUUUACGAAAGUUGUGAAAAUAUUACCACUGAGCUUCAAAGUAAAGUUUCCAAAGAAAUAAUUACUAUGUAUCACAUUGCCACUAAUGCAUUUGGAAUGGGUAUAAAUAUUCCAGAUGUUCGUAUAGUAAUUCAUGCAGGUUUUCUGAUGUCUAUAAGUAAUUUAGUACAGGAAAGUGGGCGUGCAGGUCGUGAUGGAUUACCUGUAAAGGCAAUUAUUAUGUAUAGCCAAAAAAAUAUUAGAAUAAUAAUGGGAAUUUAUUCAAAUGGACAAUCUAGUAUCAAUGCUAAUGAAAGGGAAGAGGUGGAAUCAAUAGAGCGUACUAAAUAUUUAUCUGAAGCAAAACAUAAAAUUCGGGAAGUAUUAUUUUACUGUUCUUCAAUUUAUCAAUGUAGGAAAAAGGCACUUAUUGAUUAUUUUGCAUGGCCAGGAGAUUCAACAUCAAAUGAAUGCAAUGUUUGUGAUAAUUGUCUUCGUUGUGAUAUUAAAAACAAGUUUAGAGAACUGCCAAUUUACUUAGAGAAAUUUUCAAGAAAACUCAAAACUAAAGAGGAUGCAUUUUUGUUAUUAGAUGAUUUGGUUUUAUGUGAUCUUGUAAAAGAGGAUAUAAUCUUGACAAGAUCACCAACAGCACAAAUAUUUACUUGUAGCAUUUUUAUUAUUGGUAUUACAGAUGGAGCCAUUGCUAAGGCUAAUACUGAAGAUUGGCAAUACCUAAUAAAAACUAGUCGAUAA